AUGACUCAAUUGCUACCGCGCAUUUCCCCCCGCUCUUUUCUUCCCCCUCCAUCGAUUCUCGCUAGGACUUUCACCUGCUCGCCCGCGCUCCAGAAGCAGAACCGCAAUCCCAAGAUGGCCACCGUCAAAACUAAGACCGGCCAGGAGGUCGACCGCCUCGUGCUGGACUCCAUGCUCCGCCGCCGCAUGUUCUACACCCCCUCCUUCGAGAUCUACGGUGGUGUCUCUGGUCUUUAUGACUAUGGCCCUCCCGGUACUGCUUUGAUCGCCAACCUGACCGACACAUGGCGCAAGCACUUCGUACUCGAGGAGGAUAUGCUUGAGGUCGACUGCAGCAUGCUCACCCCCCACGAAAUUCUCAAGACUUCCGGGCAUGUGGACAAGUUCGCCGAUUGGAUGUGCAAAGACCCCAAGACUGGCGAGAUCUUCCGUGCCGAUCACUUGGUUGAGGAGGUGCUCGAAUCCCGCUUGAAGGGUGACAAGGAAGCUCGUGGACACAAGGUUGAGGUUGACGCCGAGAAGGAGGCUAAGAAGAAGAAGAAGUCCAAGGGCGAGACUAAGGCUGUCAAGCUUGACGAUGCGCUCGUGAAGGAGUAUGAAGAGUGCCUCGCCCAGAUCGACAACUUCGACGGCCCCGAUCUUGAGAAGAUCAUCAUCAAGUAUGACAUUCGCAACCCCGCCACCGGCGGUGCCGUGCAGCCCCCCGUCGCUUUCAACCUCAUGUUCCAAACCUCCAUUGGUCCCAGCAGCAACAUGCCCGGCUACCUUCGCCCCGAGACUGCCCAAGGCCAAUUCUUGAACUUCCAAAAGCUGCUCGAGUUCAACCAGCAGGGUAUGCCCUUCGCCUCUGCCUCCAUUGGCAAGUCUUUCCGUAACGAGAUUUCUCCUCGCGCCGGUCUUCUGCGUGUCCGUGAGUUCCUCAUGGCUGAAAUUGAGCACUUUGUCGAUCCUGAGGGUGGCAAGAAGCACCCUCGCUUCGCCGAGGUCAAGGACAUUGAGAUGUCCCUGCUUGACCGCAACGUCCAGCUAUCCGGUAGCACCCAGACCACCAAGAUGACUAUCGGCAAGGCUGUUGAAACUGGCCUCGUCGACAACGAGACUCUGGGUUACUUCCUCGCCCGUAUCCAGCUCUUCCUGAUCAAGAUUGGUGUUGACUUCACCAAGCUCCGGUUCCGUCAGCACAUGGCCAACGAGAUGGCUCACUACGCCCAGGACUGCUGGGAUGCGGAGCUGCACACCAGCUACGGCUGGAUUGAGUGUGUCGGCUGCGCUGACCGCAGUGCUUACGAUUUGACCGUGCACAAGAACAAGACCGGUGCCCCUCUCGUUGUUCGCGAGACUCGCGCUGAGCCUCUGCGCAUUGAGGAGUGGCAAAUUGACCUCGAGAAGAAGAAGUUCGGUCCCCGCUUCAAGAAGGACGCCAAGACCGUCGAGACUGCUAUCGAUGCUCUCUCCCAGGAGCUUCGCGAGAAGCUUUCCCUUGACCUGAACAACAACGGCAAGAUCGAGAUCGAUGUUGAGGGUGUUGGCUCCGGUAAGGUUGAGCUGGACAAGGAGCUGAUCAACAUUGAGAAGCGCACUCGUGUUGAGAAUGUUCGCGAAUACACUCCCAACGUCAUUGAGCCGUCCUUCGGUAUCGGCCGUAUUUUGUACAGCAUGAUUGAGCACGUCUACUGGUCUCGUGAUGGUGACGAGGCUCGUGGUGUUCUUUCUUUCCCCCCGGCUGUCGCUCCUACAAAGGUUCUCCUGGUUCCCCUCUCUACCAACCCUGCCUUCAAGCCUCUGGUCCAGACUCUGUCUUCCAAGCUGCGCAAGCUUGGUAUUUCCAGUCGUGUGGACGACUCCUCCGCCAGUAUCGGAAAGCGUUAUGCCCGUAACGACGAACUGGGUACUCCCUUCGGUAUCACCGUUGACUUCCAGUCCGUCAAGGACAACACUAUCACCCUGCGUGACCGUGACUCGACCAAGCAGGUCCGUGCCAGUGAGGACGAGAUCAUGGCUGCUCUUAAGUCGCUCACCGACGGCGACGAGACCUGGGCGGAUAUCAUCAAGCGCCUGCCAGAGUUCACUGGCCAGGAGUCGCUUCUCGAUACCUCACGCCGAGAUGAAAUUACAGAAGCUGUGGAAAUGAACUUGUCGCGCGACGAGGACUCGGUCACGUCACUCGCUGUCGCGCCUCAAAAUGCGGAUGAAGCGCAUUCGCUGGUGGUCCUGAGCUGGUAUCAAUAG